AUGGAGAAUGAGUUACGGACGACGUUCGAAGCAGGUACUAGGCUGCGAGCGCAUGGCUUGACAAAAAACUUAAUACAAGUUGGAAUAUCCAAUGACACGGACAUUGUAGACUUCUCCGAAAAGACGUGCACUUGUCGUGAGUUCCAGCUGAAUCGUAUGACGUGCGUUCAUGCAACCCGUGCUACUUGUUUGAGAGGUAAAUCAUUGUACGAUCUCUGCUCACUAUAUUACACAUCCGAGUAUUGGAAGGGUGCCUAUGGAGAAGCUAUAUAUCCUAUUCAGCGUGAAGAAGACUGGAAUGUUCCACCCGAAAUUACAGGUACUCCUAUUAUGCCCCCUAGUGUGCGUCGUCCUCCAGGAAGACCACCCACAUGA